GUUGUUGUUACCCGGGCAAACUUCGCUUCGGUCUUUGUCAAGUUGCCGGUUCAUCGCCCGAGAGUACAGUAGUAGUAACCCUGGCAUUAACAGAUUACAUCUCUACCUCUAAGCAUUCACCCUAUAGCCUGAGCAGAUCAUCAGCAUUCAGAUAACGACCAUGACCUCGUACGCCAGCUUCAAUAUCCCCGGAUCCAAGUAUAUCCAGGCCUUGUCGCCAUCGAAAGGACUCGUCCUGCUCCGUCUGAACCGAGGCCCAGUGAACGCUUUCAACGAACCGUACUGGCGAGAACUACACCGGACGUUCGACCACGUCUCUUCCCACCCAGAAGUCCGGUGUAUCGUCCUUUCGAGCGCUUUCGAUAAGCUCUUUACUGCGGGGUUGGACCUCAAUGAUACGGACACCUUGUCCGGAGGUAAAGACUUGGAUGUAGGGAGGAAAGGGUAUAUUCUGCACCAUCAUGUCAAGGAUUUUCAAGAUGCCAUCACCUCGAUCGAAAAGUGUCACAAGCCGGUGAUCGCGGCUAUUAACGGGUUAUGUCUCGGGCUCGGAGUGGAUAUCGCCAGCGCGUGUGAUAUCCGGUUGGCUUCCGAGUCUGCCGUGUUUGGGAUCCUCGAAGUAGACGUCGGCCUAGCAGCAGACAUCGGCACCCUCCAAAGAUUCCCCAAGAUAAUCUCUUCAGCCUCUCUUGCCAGAGAACUAUGUUUCACGGGCCGUCGGUUCGGAGCGAUAGAAGCUGAGGGGAUGGGGUUCGUCAGCAAGGUCGUACCCGGUGGAUUGAAGGGGGUCGAAGAGGAGGCGGUCAGGAUGGGAGGGGUUGUAGCGGGGAAGAGCCCUGUGGCUGUUUUGGGGACGAAGAAUAUCUUGAAUUACUCGAGGGACCAUUCCGUUGACGACGGACUGAACUAUACCGCCGCCUGGAACAUGGCGAUGUUACAGACCGAGGACAUGACCCGGGCCGUGCAAAACUUCAAGAACAAGGGCAAAGGAGCCGUCUAUUCUGAUAUGCCCGAGGUGCUGGCCAAGCUGUAAAGAGGUCCGCCCGCAGACCAGAGACGACGGUCGGGCUUGUCCCGUAAAGACAGAAGAUGUGUGUUGGACGAUAUGCGAAUGAA